CUCUUUGCAUCAUUUUUAGGUUAUUUUUUUGUCUGUCAAACCCUAACCCUAGAUUCUACGUCGUCGUCGUCGUUGUUUUUCAGGCAGAUCUCCGGCAAAUAUCUCACCUCCGGUGUCGAUCUCUGCUAAGCAGCACCCAUGGACAUAGACCCCCCAGUACCACCAUCCUCAGCUCCCAAGAAGCCGAAAUUCACCCCCAAAGCACCGUCUCGCAGGAAAAGCGGUCGCCUUUUGCCUAAAAAUGACGAUGAUGUUGAAGCCGAUCCAGAAUUACUCCGCAAACUCCAUGAACGCCAUGGCACACGAAAGCCUAAACUCGAAAAAAAUUCUUCAGGCAAUGUUACAACAUCACAUGGAGCUGGAUCAUCAUCAUCAUCAACAACCCCAUUGAGAACGAUAGACGGGAGCAGUAAAAUCAGCUCGGAUUUUAGAGAUAAUGUUCAUAAAAACAGCACAAUUGGUAAACAAGAUGGAGAUGUUGAUGAUAUGUUGAUAGAUGAUAAAUUUAAAUCCUCAAGCAAGACCAAAAAGAAGUAUAGAGAACGAUGGGAUCCCCAUUCAUACUAUCCUAUCACUCUUCCUUGGAGACCCCUUGGCUCUGGAGAUCCAGAGAUUCUUAAUGAACAAGAAUUUGGAGAAGAAAAGCAAUAUGAUGAAAACAAAAUCAACUCCGCCUCUGAACUUGGACUGUUGGAGAAAAAUGACGAUGAAAAAAAGAUGAUCCUGUUCAAGUUCCCUCAAAAACUCCCCUUAGAUAACAAGCAAUCAAAACGAGUUCCAAUUAGCACAAAGGGCAAAGAGAAAGAAGAUGCUUCAAACAAAUUUGUUUAUGGAGGUUUAAAUGAGUUGCCAAAUGGACACAUAGGAAAAAUGCUGGUUUACAAAAGUGGAGCAAUCAAGCUCAAGCUUGGUGACAUCAUCUUCGAUGUUUCAUCUGGUGUACUUGAUGAAUGUGCUCAAGAUGUUGCAUUGAUGAAUGUUAGAAGCAAGGAUUGUUGUGUGGUUGGACAAGUUGAUAAACAAGCCGUUAUAGUUCCUGAUUUGGAUUCCAUCUUGGACAACAUUGCCAAGCAGUAAAUGCUACACAAGGGCAUUAUGGCAAUCCUAUCACUUGUUGGCUCUGCUCACAACUACAAUCAGAAGUACCAUAACUGAAAGCAAGAAAGAACUUGUUAGUUUUUUCUCAAAGGAUUCUUCCAUGGCUGCAUCUUCAUCUGUGGCCUUCUUCCUGUCAUUUCUUGGAGACUGGAACAAGCUGUUCAUCAUCUCUGUGAUUUUCUCAAAUAUUUCCAUGGCUUUUGCCUUGAUGUUGAUAAAGAUCCAAUUUAGAAUACCAGAAACUGGAAAUGAGUCAUCACAACCUUCAAUCUCCCCUGGAAUAAUACUCUUGUUGGCUGCAAAAUUUUCCAGAUUAACUAUUUAAAUGUCAUUAUAUAUGUGUAUAUAAUAUUUCAGUUUUGUUAUUCAUCAUUA